UUUUCUAUUUGAUUUAUAAUAAUUUACAUUACUUUUAUUUUCUAGAUAAAAAAGAUUCAUGUAACAAUACGUAAAUGAUCCAUGUAGACGUAAUAACCUUGAAAUUUACGACAUAAUCUUUUUCUUAUAAUCAAAUCGCACUGAAAAGAGAAACGACUGGUAAUAACUACCUAAUGUAUAGUGAAAUAGUAUCAAUUCAAUAUUUGGUCAAUGUAACAAAAAAAAUAAUUUUACUUUCCUAAAUAUUCAGUAACUUAUACCAGAUUUGAUACUUAUUAAACAUUUAGAAAAAUAAAAUUAUUUUUAAUUAUAUUGACAAAAUAUUUAAUUGAUAUUAUUUUACUAUACAUUUAUUAGUUAUAACGAAACUUUUCAGUGCGUCUUAACUUAUCGCACGAAGUUUGAAAUGUCUAAUGUGACUUGGUUUCAAUGUCUUACACACAGAUUCAAUUUACAGUUUAAAGAUAAGUGUGUCAUACACAAUAUAGAAUUUCACAGUUUCACCGCAAUACACCUUUCACGCAGAAUGAUCGCUUUACUACUUUCCGAUUCCGAUUCGCAACGCGAGUAGAUCGCGUACGUAUCCAUUCGCGUAGGGAACAAUAGAUGAUGAAGAUAGGAUGCAUUAAGUGUGCCAGGUAUAUUGUCAGGAAAGGCAAAGGGAGGUGGAGGAUAGGCAGGAGGGAGGGAACACAGCUUCAGACUCAUCCUCGAGUUACUUUCACUUGAACUUCUUGUAGCGCCUUGUAGUGAUCCUCUAGACGGUGGGAGCGGAGCUCCUGUUGCUUUCCGCGUAAUUUGAACUCUACGUAAUUCUUUAGUAAUUUUAGAUUUUUUAUUAAAAAAAAAAUGGCCUUUCACUGGAUACUACAAUCGCAACUUUUACGAUGCGCGCUACUCGCCGUUAUUGCCUGCGCCGAAGAAGUUUUUAAUACCACGCCGCCAGCCGUCAAAACGAGCUUCUCCUGCCUCAACCGGCCUAUGGGAUUUUACGCUGACGUCGAAGCGAAUUGCAAAAUAUACCACAUGUGCGACGAUCACGGGAACAAAUUCAGUUAUCGAUGUCCCGAGGAAACGACUUUUCGCCAAGAUGCCUCGAUAUGCGAUCACGCCUAUCUCGUCGAUUGCCAAGCGACCGUUUACCCGUCGACUCAAUUUCCAAACGACAAUAUCGUGCACGCAGCUUCCUCGACCUCGAGAUCUCCGGUGGAAUCGAACAACUCUCUCGACGAUUAUCGAUUGUCGCGCUCCUUCCAGGUGAUUAGACGACCUGACAAAUCCUCUCCCAAUGAAUUGCAAGGAUCUGGCUUCGUCUUCAGCACGAGUCUGUUCUUAAGGAAUCAGGAUCGAGCGCGAAAUCAAGCUAGACAAAUCAUACCUGCCGAUACCUGCACGACGUGCAACGCCGAUCCGAGGAACCGCUUGACACUUCCCACCGCUCGGGCGCGCACCAAACCGUUCGACUCUUGGAAUUCACGUAACGACAAAUCAACCGUGCCGGGACAGUCUUUGUCUUCAUCUUACGGUAGAGGCACGGUAUAUUUUAAUCGUCCAUACGAGCCGUUCUCGACUUCCUCACCCGCGAUAGCAUCGGAAGAUAAUAACCAGCAUUCUCCUCCGCCGCGUGAGAAGUCCCCGAGUUACAACACUGAUUACCACCCAUACUCGGAGACUUUACGAUCGAUUCAAGCUAGCGCUCGUACGACUUACGUAAAAUCCACCACGGAGAUUCCCGUGCACGCUUUGACGCUCUCGUUGAAGCCGCUGGUACCGAACGAGCUGGAAUAUGAUCCUUACUAUCCCAAACAACCAACGACCACCGAGGCAUAUUACACACCGAGCAAUCGCAAUAAAGCCGAGACGAAUACCCGAUUCUUCAGCUCCAGCCAAGCGCCGCUGAUACUCGCGCACCCUAAUCUUCCCUUCGAGAUCCCAUCUGUGCUGCCUGAUUUGAAUACCUUGGAGGAUUUGAUCGACCGCCGAAAGUUCUUCUACAUUCCGCGCGCAAACGUGGAAUCGAUAUAACGCGUCGAAAAGAAAGUAUCUCUCGUUUUGCAAUAUUGCAAAAUAAGCAACGCAUCGUAUGUUUAUUUGUGAUUUGUCUAAAAAUGUUUUAAUAAACAUUGAGUACUAUGGAA